AUGCCAAGAUGUGCAAGUUGCAAGAGGCACAGGAAAAAAUGCUCAGAGCAUUGUGUACUGGCUCCGCAUUUCCCAUCCACUGACUCUCACAAAUUUGAAAUAGUGCAUAGAGUUUUUGGAACCCGUCAUAUAAUCAAGACGCUGCAAGGUAUGAAGGCUGAGCAAAGAGCAGAUGCAGUGAACAACAUGGUGUAUGAAGCGAGUGCAAGGCUGAAGGACCCUGUGCAUGGCUGUGUAACAGAAGUUGAGAAACUAAAGAAGCAAAUUGCUGACCUGGAGUCCCAGUUGGCAGCCACACAAGCAGACGUAGUGAAGAUAAGUUUGGAGAGGGAUGAGCUUCUUUCCUUCCUCCUAGGUGGGUCUUCUAAGUAUGGUGAAACUGAACAUGUUUUGCAUGAGGUACAAACAAAUGAUGAUGUGGAGCAGCUCUGGAAACCACUGUGGGAGACACAUUGA